UCCCCGGCGCGCGACGCCAGCGAGGGCAGCUCUGGUCCCCUCGAGCGCCUUCACGCGUCUCCCCGCCGCCCCGCGGCUCAGUUUAGCCAAAUUUUUAUUUUCCACCUUUUCCACCUUCAGGCUGUCCAAACCCCCGGCCUCUGGUGGCAAGAAGGCUCUCACCUGGGGGGUCUUAUCGACUCGGAUUGCUGGGGACCUGGAAAAGUGUUUUCAUUUUUUAAAACUCCUGUUCCCGGGAGGGGGUGUGGGUGGAAAGGAUGCGGAACUCGGUUCCCCUGCUGUGCCUCUGGAACGUCUAUUGUUGCUUUGCGGCGGGAAGCACCUCACCCCCUGGUCCCGAGCGCCGACUGCAAGAUGAGCACCACAGACCCAGAGAGGUGCAGACUACUUCCAGCCCCCCUGUGAGAUUUAACCUCCGCACCUCUCAGGACCGGGAACAUGAAGGAUGCUACCUUUCCUUUAAUCACAACGAGCUCUCAGAAGACUGUGGCUUCAACAUGACAGCUAAAACCUUUUUCAUCAUUCAUGGGUGGACGCUGGGAGGCAUGUUUGAAAAUUGGCUAUACAAUCUUGUGUCAGCCCUGCAGAUGAGAGAGAAAGAUGCCAACGUUGUGGUGGUUGACUGGCUCCCCCUGGCUCACCAGCUUUACACGCAUGCUGUCAACAACACGCAGGUGGUGGGCCACAGCGUGGCGAGGAUGCUUGACUGGCUGCAGGAGAAGGGUGAUUUUUCUCUUGGAAAUGUUCACUUGAUCGGCUACAGCCUUGGAGCUCAUGUGGCUGGGUAUGCUGGCAACUUUGUGAAGGGCACGGUGGGCAGAAUAACAGGUUUGGAUCCUGCUGGCCCCUUGUUUGAAGGGGUGGACAUCCACAAGAGACUGUCCCCUGACGAUGCAGACUUUGUGGAUGUCCUCCACACCUACACGACCUCCUUCGGCUUAAGCAUUGGGAUUAAGAUGCCCGUGGGCCACAUAGACAUCUACCCCAACUAUGGUGACCCCCAGCCCGGCUGUGAUCUGGAUAAUGUCUGGGGGUCCAUUGCAAAUGGAAAACUUGCCGAGGGGAUAAGGUGUGAACAUGAGCGUGCCAUUCACCUCUUUGUUGACUCCCUGGUGAAUCAGGACAAGCCAAGCUUUGCAUUUCGGUGCACAGACUCGAACCGCUUCAAAAAGGGAAUCUGUCUCAGCUGCCGGAAGAACCGUUGUAGCGGCAUCGGCUACAAUGCUAAGAAGAUGAGAAACAAGAGGAACUGCAAGAUGUACUUAAAAACCCGGGGUGGCAUGCCUUUCAGAGUUUACCAUUAUCAACUGAAAAUCCAUAUCUUCAAUUAUAAGAACGUGGCAGAAAUCGAGCCCACCUUUUAUGUCACCUUAUAUGGCACCAACUCAGACUCGCAGUCUCUGCCUUUGGAAAUAGUGGAGCAGAUCGGGUUGAAUGCCACCAAUACCUUCCUGGUCUACACCGAGGAGGACUUGGGCGACAUUUUGAAAAUCAGCCUCACCUGGAAGAGGACCUCUGAUUCCUGGUACUAUGUGUGGAAGGAGUUUAGAAGCUUGCUGUCUCAGCCUCAUAACUCUCAGCAGGAGGUGAACAUCAGGCGCAUCCGGGUCAAGUCCGGAGAAACCCAGCAGAAGUUGACUUUUUGUGCAGAAGACCUUGAGCAUACCAGCAUAUCCCCGGGGCAAGAGCUCUGGUUUCACAAGUGUCUGGAUGGCUGGAGAAGGAAAAAUGAAAUCAGUCCGACCUGGGCACAUCUCUGAGUGUGCCUGGCAGCAUGACCCGCCUCCUUCCAAGCACACAGAGAAGAGUUACGGCUGAGGACCCGCCUGAUGGAAGGACCUUCUUGGCCUUGACCCUCCAGCACCAGGAAGCAGCGGCAUACUGUGUCCAGGCCUGGGCCUCCUAUGAUGGCUGGGACUGCUCAUUGGAGUGGACCAUGGCCUGGGGUAGUUCCUGCUGUUGCUCUAGGCUAGUGCUGACUUGAAGCGUAGGCAGAGGGCUGAAGGCCCCCCUCUCGUGCACACCUAGCUGCUGACCCUGGGCUUAGUUAGCUCUGCAGUGACUGAGCAGAAGGCGUCAGCUGUUUGGCCUGCCUUGAGCCACCUUUUUCAGAGCCACCUCCUGCUGGGUGCUGACCUGGUCCAGGAUGACAGACUUGUGGUCCUGUUACCCAGAGAGGUGAGAGUAGGUCUGGGGUGCUGAGGCCCUCAUUGUUAGGGUUCAAUGGGCUGCACUGAUCAAUACUGGUUACUUUCCCAAUACUCUGUUCUGCCCCACAACCUACUCUUUAAAGCACACAUCAUUGGCUUUAAAACUUUUCUGUUGUUUACUUUUUGAUAGGACAAAUGUUUGUUAAGCACUAAAAAUUACUUAGCAUAUGGCAUUAGAUGCAUUACUGAAACUCUCCUGACUCUCCUCAAUUGGAAUCUAAAGAGGCUGAGAUUUCUAGAUCCCUGCCUGAAUGUACAUAUGAGGAAAGGCAAGAGGGGCUCUGGGGAAGAUUUCUUAACACAGGCCAUUUCCCCUAAGAGUGACAUGUUUGAUCACUAAUGAAGUAGCGAGUAAAGUGUCAGAUGUGCCAGGAACCAGAAUGAUCUGGCUAUUUGUUGAACGUGGUUGCUUUGGAGCACAAUCUCUGCUAUUUCGAAACACGGAAGGUAUUACAUAUGUUACACAUGUCUGCUUCUACAGAAACCGACACCAUCAAACAGAACUGGUGUUAAGAUUGAAUACAGCGUUUUUUCCUCCCUGGCAUAUUUUGUCCUAAUACCAGUGCCUUUUCUGUAUUGAACUUCUUGGAAAUGCCUCCAGUUCUAGGUCAUGAUUUGAAAGAAUAUAUAAGGUGUUUGAGAAAUUCUUUUAUAUAUUUUCAGAUUUGUAUAUGUAUCACCUAAUUAGAGACUCCCAACAGGAGGUGAACAGGGAAACUGUUAUCUUUAUUUUAUAAAACCAAGACUUAGCUCAGCUACCGGCCUAGAAUUACAUACCACGUUGGUGGUGGAACUAGAUUGAGGACCCAAAUUUCCUGGAGGCAAAGUCCGUGGUAUACUCAAUCUUCAAUAUGCCCCAGUUGUGACAAACAAGGAAUUUUUUUUUCAGAGUCAUCUAUAAAACAUUAAACUUUUUUAUUAAUGUAUAACUAGGAGCCAAGGGGUUGGGCUUUUUAUAGAUGAGAUUAUUUGAAAGGAGAUGUGAUGUCAGGUGGAGGGAGAAUGAUUUUCUUUGUUCCUAGGUUUUUAAAGGAUGUUUUAAUCUGUAUUGUGCCAAAGUCACGUCAUCAUUCAAUGCCAAGCUGCUUCACACAUAACAGUCAUGCUUCAAUUCAAGGUAUAUCUCAGUUCAAUUAUACGCUUCUUCUGUUGCUUCUGCAAUAGCUUUCUGGCCAAAGUGGAGCUUGUAUUAUUGACUGCGCAUCCUGGUUAAUUCUGACUUCUGUUUUUGGUAAUGGAAGCUUUGGGCAUCGAAUCCUCAGUGGAUCUUAUAUUUAUACACUUGGCUGAAGCCUUACAUGUAUAUAAUGAUUUUUUAAAUGCUUUUUUUCUAAUGCUUAGGACACUAUUUAUUUCUCAAGUGUAUAUAAUGUAUAAAAAUAAAU